AUGUUCUAUCACGUUUUUAUAUUACUUUUAAUUUUAUAUUCUGCAAUCGAUGUACGAAGCACAUAUAAUCGUUAUCGUCGACAAAUUUCUAAUGGAGGGAUAACAAAUACAGGUAUAAGACAAGGACCAGGUUCACCAUUUCCAGGUUUAAAUAACAAAAAUGUCGGUGAACAACAGAGACCGUCGGACUAUUCUGCAAAUUCGAAAAGUAGUAAUCAAUGGCAAUAUUUUGAAAUGAGCGAUCCACCACAAACAUUUAAUCCUGCAUAUAAUGCGCAACAACAGAUAAAUGAAAACAAUUCUCCACAAACCUCUGAUUCUCUACAACAACAAAAACCCAUAAUUCACGGUCAACUACAAGCUUCAAAUGAUCGUAAUUUUCAAUAUCAACAACGAAUGAAUCAACAGAAUAGCUAUCAAACUUUUCUCAAUAACAAUGCUCAAAAACUACAAUAUGGCAAUAACAAUAACAAAGCACCUUCUCCAGAAUUUUAUCAACCGGGUAAUAUUCAUAUGUCUGAAUUUGUCCCGAAUGACUGGCUUGAUAAUGAAAAUAAAGAAUGGUUUCCAAGUAAUGGCUUCUAUGCUGGUGAUCUACCGAGUUUGACGAGCAAUAUAGAAAAUUUUAGAACAAGUACUGAUCAACUUUUCACUUCAAAAUUAGCAAAAUAUUUUCGAUCUAGGGGAAAGAAAUCAUAUUCAAAAUAUGAGAUUGCUAAUGGACGUGAAACAGUUUGUACACAUUUAUACGACUUUGAUGGAUCCUCUUAUAAAUUUGGUUAUUUCCCUUGUCCUCUACCAGACACUGAUCCUUCGACAAUGUUUUGUUGUGGGCAAAAGAAUCGUCAGUAUUGUUGUAAUAUACAAGAACGCAAUAUUGAACAAUGGUUCAGACGGUACGGUUAUACUGGUGAAUGGUUAAAAAAAUCUGAACGGAAACAAACACAAUCAAAAACAGUUAUUUUAGCUAUAGUAUUACCAGUAUUAGCUGUUUUAUUACUCCUAGCGCUAGGGUUGUUGAUUUUCUCCUGA